CAGCACACAGAGAGAGAGAGAGAGAGAGAGAGAGAGAGAGAGAGAGAGAGGGAGGAGAGGCAGAGAGGGGAAAGGGAGACUACGCACUCUGAGCUCAGUUCCACACAUGCACGGACGACACCAACACACGCAGCCACAGGGAGAGAGAAGAGAGAGAGAGAGAGACAGCGCCUUGAUCCCUCCUGCAGCAAACAGCUGGUUGGCUGUUUUCCCAGCACCGUCCUUCUGCAGGUCACCCUCCGCAGGCAGCUCGGCCAGGCGGCCGCCGGGGUCCGCGGGAAUGAGGAGCAGCAUGUGAUCAGAGAGCCCCGCCCCUUCGCCCCCCCCCACCUGACGGCAGGAUGCUUCUGCUCCAGCGCGCCGUGGCGCUGUACCUCCCGUGGUGUCUCCUGCUCGCGUCCCCCCGCCGGGCCACGGCCGACGAGGAGGCUCGCUGGGGAACGGCGGUGACCGAGAAGAAGCCCACCGAGAAGCCCGGCUCCUCCUGGUGGCCAAAAUUUUCCGUCCCGGGCAUCUCCUCGCUCCCGGGCAUCCCCUCGCUCCCGGGCAUCCCCUCCUACCUCGACCCCCGAACCCUGAUUGGCGGGGGUCCGAAAGCCGAGGACAAUUCGGCCGCCACCAGCCAGCGGCCCCCGGCGUCGACCCCCACGGCCCCGGGCCCCGUGGGGCCCUCGGCGUCCACGCAGCGCCGGACCACGGCGCGGAGCGACAGCGACGGCGGCGGCGUCUCGGCCUCCGACGCGCCCGGCGGCGGCGGCGGCGGCGGCGUCUCGGCCUCCGACGCGCCCGGCGGCGGCGGCGGCUCGGCCGGGAGCACGCCGCUCUCCGCCGGUCCCGGGCGGACGGGCGCCCCCCCCGCGGACCCCGCGAGCGCACGUGACCCCCGCCGCCCCGAAGACCCCCCGGCCACGACCGAACCCCCCGGGCCCCCGGCGACGGCCUCGUCCGCCGUCGCCACGGAGACGGAUCCGAGCGCCGGUGUGACCCCCGAUGCCCCCGACACCGUACAGGGGGGGUCCCUGACCCCGCCUCCCACGCCGGGGACCGCGCCGCUGACGACGUCAAAGACGCCGAGCGGGGGGUCGGCUGGGGCGGGGGGGGGAGGGGGGGGAGGGGGGGGAGGGGCCGUCUGUCCGUCCGGGGCGCCCCCCAGCGCUGCCACGGAGGAGAGGUCCACGGCGGGGUCUAGCCCCCCCUCCGGGGGCCGGGAGGUCGCCUCCCCGGUGCCAGGAGAGACUCCCGGCAGCGAGGAUACGAACGAUGAGGAGGACGACGAGGAGUCCGUCGUAGCAGGGAACCGGACGAAGAGCACGAGCUCGGCGUCAGAGGUUUCCACGGCCGCGUUCCAACCGCCGCCGACGCCCGGGCGACUCACGACGGCCGGCACCAAACCCACCCCGCCCCCCACCGAGGCCUGGACGCCGCCCCCCGCCGACCCCGCCGCCUCACUCCUCCCUGACUGCAACGCCGGCGAGGACGGCUCCGGACUCUGCGACUUCUCCUACACCUGGGAGUCCAGGGCCUUGGCCGACGCCCCCCGGCCCGCCUCCACCCCCGCCACGCCCACCGCCCCCUCCACCAACCAAUCCCACGAGCCCUUCGUCCCCCUGAACCCGGCCAUGCUGGUGCCGCUCUACACGGACUGGAACAGCGCCAUGGCGACCUGGGGCCCGGCCUGGCACGCCCACGUCUACAGCGCGGGGCUGUUCUUCGCCGCCGUCGCCCUGGCCUCGGCGCUCAACCUGCUCUGCCUGCCGCUCCGCUGUCCGUCCGGCUGCGGCUACUUCGCGCUGGUCAGCGUGUUCCUCCUGGCGGCGGGCGCCACGCGCUCCUUCUCGCUGCUGUACGACGCCUACGGCCACCACGGCGGCCUGCCCUCGGCCGAGGCCGGAGUGCUCCUCCAGGAGGCGCUGUUCCCCUGCCUGACCGCCGCCUUCGGCCUGGUCUUCCUGCUGCUGUCCAUGCGCUCGCGCAUGCAGCUCUCGUACUCGGCGUUCCAGCGGCCCUUCUUCCUGGCGUGCCUGGUGGCGCUGCACUUCGCGGCGGCCUUCGGCCCCGCGACGCUGCUCCACCUGUACCGCGGCAGCCCGUCCGUCCGCCUCUUCCUCUGCCUGCUCUCGCGCGGCGCCUUCGUGGCGCUGGCCGCCUUCCUGUCGGCCGCCUACUUCGUGUUCUACGUGUACGUGCGCGCCGACUCCAAGCACAUCUACCACCUGAACAACACGUCGCCCACGCCCGCCGAGCGCUACAACCGCUGCCCCUUCGCCGAGAGCCGGGACUGGGACCGCGCCGCCGUGACCGUGUGCGUCUCGGCCCUCUUCUGCCUGGGCUGCGCCGGCCUGCAGCUCUACGCCAUGCUCAGCGCCAUGGGCGUCGCCGGCGGCGAGGAGCUGUUCCGCGCCUGGCCCUGGUGGACCUUCCAGUUCAGCUGCCGGGUGUGCGAGCUGGGCGUGUGCAUCACGCUGGCCCUGGUGGUGGCGCAGCCCGUCUACUGCUCCAGCGGCCUGCCCGGGGCCGGGAGCUGCUGGACCGAGCUGCUGGCCGCCAAGUCGCCCCUGCUGCCCGGGACGUACCACUGGACGCUCAGCCAGCAGGAGAAGCUGGCCAUGAGGGAGACGGGGCUGGGGCUGGGCGAGACGGAGAGCCUGCCCCUCUACAGCCUGGUGGACGAGAGGCUGGGCGGCAGCCUGAACGGCCUGGACCUCCUGUACCACAGCAACCGGGCCCUGGCGUACCGGGACCUGGACCUCACGGGCUCCGAGAAGCCCGACGGCGUGGCGGGGGGGCCGGCGUCGGGGCGGUCGUCGGUGACCAGCGACUCCACGGCGGACCUCCGGCCCCCCUCGCCCAUCGACCUGCGCCGCAGCAUCGACGAGGCGCUGUUCGGCGAGUCGCUGUUCCCCAUGAGCCUCUUCAGCCCCGGCACGCCGCUCGGCUGCAGCGACCUGUCCCUCGCCAUCCUCGGCCCGCUGCCCAACGGAGGCCACUCCCUCUUCGGCCGCGACCCGCUCUCGGCGGACGCCGGCCCGUACCGGACGUCGUCGUCGUGCGCGGAGGUGCCCGCCGAGCCCACGUCGCGGUCCCGCGGGGUCACGGCGACCACGGCGCCGGCCGCCCCUUCGUCUCCGUCGCUGUCCGCCUCCACCAGCUGCUCCUCCCCCGAGCGCUGGAGGGGCAGCUCGUCCUCCUGCGCCUCCUACAGGCCGUCGUUCGGCGGCUCCUCGCUGGUGCUCUGCCCCAGCCCCGAAGGACGCGCGGUCGCUCGGCUCGGCGAGGACGCCGUGGAUCGCCAGGCGCAGCAUGGCGCCGGCCGCCCGGGCGGCGGAGACCCGCAGAGACGCUACCAGACGCUGGGCUCGGCGUCCCAGGAGAGCCUGGCCAUGGACCUGUCGUCCGAGGCGGACCGGUCCCUGCAGGACGAGUUCAUCAGCGUCUGCAGACAGAUGGACGCGUCGAGCGUCUGCAGCGAGACGAUCGAUUUAUAAGGAAGAAUUAUCCCGUAAGGAGACAGAAAACAAUAUAUAAAUAUAUAGGCUGCUGUAUUAAUCUCCGAGUGGAGGGAUAAGAUAGCUGCAAAAUAGUAUAGCGCCUAUUGGAUUGUGUACAUACACGCUCUGCUAACACCAGGUUUUAUAUGGCCAAGACUGGAAAUGUAAAGAUAAGUCGAUAAGCUCUUAAAGGAUGAAAAUGUGUUCAAAUGAGGGUUCAAGUGCCACCAACGUCGAACGCCAAACGGUCAUUUGUAAGGGACUUUUUCAUGUUUGAUAGCGAAUGUGAAUACGCUGAAGAGAAACAUUUUACUGAGGGGACGAAGAACUUUUAAAUAAUUUGUACAAAUGUUUUUCAUGUGGAUUAAAGCACUUAUUGAAGGAGACUACUGAUACAACAUAUUUAUCCUUACACUAUCCAAAAGAUUAACCGAUAUUUCAUUUAUAUCAAGAGAAACAUUUAAUUUAUGUCAGAUAAAGAAACUAUUCACUAUAUCUAUCUAGACGAGCAUAUGUGUCUUAUAACAGUGGUGUAGCAGUGCCCUCUACUGGUAGAACGCAGCCAGUGUUCCUCUGGAGUUAAUGCCGAUAGCUGUACUGCGAGUCCUCAGAAAGCAACUUGUGCAGCUUGUCGAUGUAUGGUUUGUCAUAACAUUGCCUUUGUCAACACAUGCUUUUAAUAAAGCUUUUUAUAUACAAUCAUCCGAUUCUAUUCUUGAGGGGUCACUAUCUAUACUGCCAUACUAAACUCGUGUAAUUAAUAAUUUAACUGUUGUAAUUAUACAAAGAAGUUCGACCACAAGUUCAAACACAGAUUGACCUUUAUUUAUUUUGCUUCAAGAUAACACGCAGUUGAAUAUCCUAUUGUAAACAAGGUCCUGCACGCAUCUCAAAUACUACACUGGAGUAUUUUCUGUCCAUCUAAAACAGCAAUUGUUAGUGAAUUGGGAAGAGGUGCUUCUAGCAUUUACUGGUUAACUACAGUUGCAAGUGUGAAGCUAAAAUAAAAUGUCUCUAGUCAGAAGCAGCUCCAUCAAACACCAGCACUUCCAAAAUCCAGUGGCGGGAUUUUUGCUUUGGAUGGACAAACAAAAAAAAAAACAAAAAAAAAAAAAAUGCAGAAAUGCACAAUAAAUCGUCAACCUCAAAAAUCUUCACGUGGAUGUGGAAA